AUGGCCGCCAACAUUGUAUCUCCAACUGGCCGUUCUUCUCUUGUUUGGAAGUACUUUGGGUUUGCUAAAGACUGUGAUGGUACCUUAUCAAAGGAAAAGGCCGUUUGUAAGUUGUGCUCCCAGAAAGUUGCGCAUGGUGGAGGAACUACAAACAUGAAAAAUCAUUUAAAGACUAAACACUUAGCUGAGUUUAACAUGCUCUACCAAGAAGAACCUACUACCAGUUCACAGUCAUCACUAGAUGCAUUUAUUGUUUCAAAAUCUGUUAAGAAGUUUUCUGCUAACUCUGAGAUGGCAAAAAAGCUGAAUGAAGGACUUGCUGACUUUAUUACUAGGGAUCUUCGUCCUGUUAGUGUAGUAGAUGGAGCAGGGUUUCUCAAUUUAAUGCAUCUUGCUGAACCACGUUAUACAGUACCUUGCAGAAAGUCGCUAAUGGAAAUAAUAGACUCUAGAUAUAACGAUAUGAAAAGGUCAGUAUGUGGAGUAGUUUCACAGCAAGAAUUUAUCACUUUAACCAGUGAUAUGUGGACAUCACGUGCUGGUGACGGUUUUAUUUCUUUAACUGCUCAUUACUUAACAGAUACUUUUGAUCUUGAGCAUAAAACCCUACAGUGCUUACCUUUACCAGGUCAUCAUGACCAUACUUCAAUUAGUAGUGCAAUCACUUGUUGUACAGGAAAUUGGCUGAUUGACAUUGCUAAAAAUGUCACUGCCUUCACAACAGAUAAUGGCAGUAAUAUCGUUAAAGCAGUCGAAGAAGAUUUGAAAUGUAUUCGCAUUCCCUGCACUGGCCACACACUUAAUUUGUCUGUGAGUGCUGGAUUAGAAGUCAAUGCAAUUAGUAAAGUAAUUGCCCGUUCUAAAAAAGUGGUCACUCACUUUAACCAAUCAAGAAUUGAUAGAGAGCAAUUGGCACAAUAACAAGAACUACUUGGCAUACAAAAGCACACCUUAAUUCAGGCUGUACAAACUCCAUGGAAUUCCGUGUUUGACAUGCUGUCUCGACUUUGUGAGCAGCAAGCAGCAAUUGGAGCUGUUCUUCAUUCUCAGAGAGAAUUACUUCAUUUGGAGCAUACUCCCGUAGAAUGGCGCUUAAUAGAAGAUUUUCUAGACCUUUUGAAACCAUUUAAAGAUGCAACUACUUAUCUCAGCUCACAGAGCUAUCCUACUUCAUCUGUUUUGGGUCCAUUGUUAGUAAAAAUGAAGGAUAAAAUAAAGGUUAGCUCUUCUGACUCACAAAGCCUUAAAUCUGUUAAACAAGCAAUUGGAAGAUAUUUAGAUGAAAGAUACCAAGAUCCUGCAGUUCGAUUAGUUCUUAACAAAGCAUCUUUCUUAGAUCCUCGAAUGAAGACCCUACCUCACUUAUCUCCUGGCGAACAAGAAGAAGUGCUAGAUUCUUUAGUAAAUGAAAUUGUUACUUUAGGAACCUCUAAUUCUCACCCACCUGAUGCAGAUUCUACUAGUGAACAAGAUACACAGCCACCAAGUGCUAAGAAGUCGGCCUUAGAGAAUAUUCUUGGUGAAGAAUUUUUUACUACUACCUGUGACGAGGAAUUAUCAUCGGCUACUACAGUUUCCUUAAAUGAACUUAUUUUAAGUGAACUUAGUCGUUUCAAAGCUGAACCUUUAUUGAAGCUUCAAGGUGAUGUCUUGCUGUGGUGGAGGCAACAUGCUAUGUCAUAUCCCAAUUUAUCAAAGAUGGCAAGAAAGUACCUGGGAAUAGUAGCGACAUCCGUUCCGUCUGAAAGGCUUUUUAGUGCUACGGGAAACAUAGUAAACGCAAAAAGAUCUUCACUGGACCCAUUUAAUGUAGAGAAACUAGUUUUUUUACAUGACAAUGCACCUAAAAUUACUUCCUUACAUUACAAAAGAAUAAAUUAAU